GUUCUAUACAACAUCUUCAUCGCCUUCACCCAGAUGCACAAGUAUGAAGAAAUUGAAGCCAUCGAUGUCUUGGCUGGCUUUGCUCGCUUCUUCGUGGUGGGGCUGGGUGGUAUGUUGUUUGGCAUCGUCUUUGGAUUUGUUUCGGCGUUCAUGACUCGAUUCACCCACAACAUUUCUGCUAUUGAACCCCUGCUGGUCUUCAUGUUCAGCUACCUGUCAUACUUGUCAGCUGAAACCCUUUACAUCUCGGGCAUUUUGGCGAUGACAGCAUGUGCGGUGACAAUGAAAAAAUACGUGGAGGAGAAUGUUUCCCAGAAUUCCUAUACCACAAUAAAAUAUUUCAUGAAGAUGCUGAGCAGCGUCAGUGAGACCCUGAUUUUCAUGUUCAUGGGAGUGUCUACAGUGGGGAAAAACCAUGAGUGGAACUGGGCCUUCAUUUGCUUCACUCUGCUCUUCUGCCUCAUUUGGCGGACACUGAGUGUCUUUGCUCUCUUCUACAUCAGUAACAAGUUCCGAACAUAUCCCUUCACCUUCAAAGACCAACUCAUUAUUUCCUACAGUGGCCUUCGAGGAGCCAGCAGCUUCUCUCUUGCAUUCUUGCUUCCAGUGCAUCUCUACCCAAGAAAAAAAUUGUUCAUUACUGCUACUCUUGUAGUUAUAUAUUUCACUGUGUUCAUCCAAGGAAUCACAAUUGGACCAUUGGUCAGAUAUCUAGAUGUUAAAAAGACCAACAAAAAGGAGUCUAUCAAUGAAGAACUUCACGUGCGAUUGAUGGAUCACUUGAAGGCUGGUAUCGAAGACAUAUGUGGACAUUGGAGUCAUUAUCAGCUGAGAGAUAAAUUUAAGAAGUUUGACAACAAGUAUUUGAAGAAAAUCUUAAUUCGGGAACACCAGCCCAAAUCCAGCAUUGUGUCAUUGUACAAAAAGAUGGAGAUAAAACUGGCCAUCGAGAUGGCUGAGAGUGGCAUGAAAAUUUCAAAAUCAUCCACAGCUUUACA